CAAUUUAAUAAGAUCUUUAUUUUGUUAUAUUCCUUUCUCAUACAUAUUUUGAAAAUUAUUUUUUUAAGUUCGCGCAGUUACGUAUGGCAGUUUUCCUGCAGAUGUCGAUCAUAUCGAUCUAUUAGGUAUAAUUAGGUAUAAUUUCUUGAUGUAACUUCACUUAUAAAGUGUGAAAUAUUUUUUUUAAGUACUUAAUAAAAGUAUGCAUUUUUAUAAUAUACCUAAUAGUACAAAAGAUUAAAGGGGUUGAAACCAUAAUUCCUUAUAUGUGUAUAUGUACCUAUAUGAAUAUUUGUAUAUUGAAAGAAUCAGAAAGACUGAAAUAUAUAGUCACUGUAUCUGUGGUACUAAUUAUCAGUAAGAAGUAUUUAUUUCAUUAGCAUAUUAACAAUGACAUCUUUAUUGAUCAAUAUAUACGACGUUAUCUUAAUUUACAAUGCAUGACGGCUGCAAGAAUCUUAUCAAUGAUACGAUGUACGCAAAAAAAGAAUUUCCUCAGAUAUAAAGGCAUCUAAGGAAUCUGCGUAAGAAAUUUCUACUGCUCCAAAUAUGUGUAUAUUAUUUAUUUAUCGUAAUCCUGACUCUAAUCCGGAGUCCUAUCGUCUAAUUGUGGCAUCGAAUCGAGAUGAACAUUUCAAACGUCCGACAUUGGUAGCUCAAUACUGGAAAAAUCAUCCAGAAUGUUUAGGAGGAGUUGAUAUGGAACCCGGUAAAGAAGGUGGAACAUGGCUAGCUCUAUCAUUAAAAGGAAAAGCUGGCGUUGUACUAAAUUUACCUGGUGAAGAAAGUGCAUUUGCCACUCCUAAAAAGGGUCGUGGGUCAUUAGUACCUGACUUCAUUACUUCAAAUGAUUCCGCAGUUUCAUAUUUAAAUAAAUUACACAAAGAAAAUAAAAGUAGUCAACCGUACAAUCCAUAUAAUUUGAUUUUAAUUAAUUUAUACAAUGCAAAUGUCAAUUGUCUCAGUAGUUCCACGAAAUCAAUAGGACCUUCUACAACUCAGGAUGCAAUAUCAGGUUUUAGCAACAGUGACUUUGACAUUCCCUUUAAAAAAGUUGAAGAAGGAAAAGAGAAAUUCAAAAGUAUCGUAAUGAAUGCUACAGUAUCAGAGCAAGCAGAUCUUAUUGAGAAGUUGUUGACAUUUUUAAAGUCAAAAGAAAGAUAUUUACCAGAUCCAGUACUGCAACGACGUUCAGCAAAAUACGAAGAACUUAGUUCAAUUUUUAUAUCUGGCAUAGAAUACUGUACAAGGACUCAUUCGAUACUGUUAAUAAAGGGAAACAAUGAAAUAACAUUUGUUGAAGAAACACUUAUGCCGGAUUUAACAUGGAAACGUCAAACAUUUAGUAACAAUUUAAUAUAAUUUAAUGAAUAAUUAGAUAAUUUAAUUUAACGUAAGCAAAAUGAAUAAUUGUGGGAAUGAAAGGAACUUUAUUGGGUCCACUUUACUCAUAUCUUUGGGACAUAUACCUUGCUAGUAUAGUUGAAUAUUAGCCAUAUUAUUGAUAUUUUCGAACAUUUACAAUGGUAAUGAUAUUUCUUAUUUUUUAAAAAUAUAUUAUGUAUGAAUGAGAAUAUAUAUUUUACUAAUGCAAUGAA